AUGGCCGGGGCCAGGGGGCCGAAGGCAGGCCCGUGCAGCGCCCCCUCGCGGUCAGGCAGAGGAGCCCCCCGUUGCUCGGCGCCCCCCGUUGCUCGGCGCCCCCUAGUGGUCAUACAGUGGAGCCCCCUCGCGGUCGGGCAGCGGCGCCCCCCCCGUUGCUCGGCGCCCCCUGGCGGCCAGGCGGCGGCUCUCCCCUGUUGGCGGGGCCGGGCGUCCAGUACGCAGCCUUCCUGCCCCCGUAGCCGCUCAGCCAGCUCCGCCUCGGUCCCUGGCACGCCCAAUCAGCGCCCCCUAGCGGUCAGGCAGAGGCGCCCCCCCCGUUGCUCGGCGCCCCCUGGUGGUCACGCAGCGGCGUCCCCCGGCGGUCAGGCAGCGGCGCCCCCCCCCCCGUUGCUCGGCGCCCCCUGGCGGCCAGGCGGCGGCUCUCCACGUUGGCGGGGCCGGGCGUCCAGUACGCAGCCUUCCUGCCCCCGUAGCCGCUCAGCCAGCUCCGCCUCGGUCCCUGGCACGCCCAAGCGGCGCCCCCUAGCGGUCAGGCAGAGGCGCCCCCCCGUUGCUCGGCGCCCCCUAGUGGUCAUACAGUGGAACCCCCUCUCGGUCAGGCAGCGGCGCCCCCCGCCGCUCAGCCAGCUCCGCCUCGGUCCCUGGCACGCCCAAUCAGCGCCCCCUAGCGGUCAGGCAGAGGCGCCCCCCCCCCCGUUGCUCGGCGCCCCCCGUUGCUCGGCGCCCCCUGGUGGUCAUACAGUGGAACCCCCUCUCGGUCAGGCAGCGGCGCCCCCCGGUGGUCACGCAGUGACGCCCCCCGGCGGCCAGGCCGCGGCUCUCCCCUGUCGGCGGGGCCGGGCGUCCAGUACGCAGCCAACCUGCCCCCGUAGCCGCUCAGCCAGCUCCGCCUCGGUCCCUGGCACGCCCAAGCAGCGCCCCCUAGCGGUCAGGCAGAGGCGCCCCCCCCCCGUUGCUCGGCGCCCCCUAGUGGUCAUACAUGACGCCCCCUGGCGGUCAGGCAGCGGCGCCCCCCCCGUUGGUCGGCGCCCCCUGGCGGCCGGGCGGCGGCUCUCCCCCGUCGGCGGGGCCGGGCGGUGCUGCCCCCUAGCGGCGCCGGCGGCCCUGGCGGUGCCGGGCGUCCAGUACGUAGCCUUGGUGCCCCCGCGGCCGCUCAGCCAGCUCCGCCGCGGCCCCGCUCGGAGCCUGCGGCGGCACGGAGGACGCCGGAGGCGCUUGUCGGGGUUCGUUGGCCCGCGGAGCGUGGAGGGGGCGGGGCGCGGCGGGCGGGGCGCGCGGCGGGCCUCACCUGGUGGCCUUGCGGGCGAAGUAGGAGUGGGCCCAGUGGGGCUGUCGGUGGAGCCAGCCUUCCACACGGCACGAGGGGCCCCGCCCGCACGGACCCCCCCGCCGCCAGCAGUCACCGUCGGCACCCGGACCCCGCCGCCAGCAGUCACCACAGUCGGCACCCGGACCCCGCCGCCAGCAGUCACCACAGUCGGCGCCCGGACCCCGCCGCCAGCAGUCACAGUCGCCGCCCGGACCCCGGCAACAGUCGGCGCCCGGACAACAGCCGUCCGGACCCGGACCCGGCCCCGCCAUGCCCCGACGCCCGUGUUGGCGGCGCAGUACCCGCCCCCGCCUGUGCGGGGCGCAGUUUGGGGCGCCCCACCGCCCCGCCCCGCGCCGCCCCCUCUCGCCGGGUCCCCCCCGUCCGCCGCCUCCGUCUCGUUGGCCUCCCGGGCGGCCAGCUAG